AUGGCCACCCCAGCCUCAGAUGAGUAUGUUGAGGUAGCGGGCGAUGUGCCCGCCGAUGGCGAAUAUGUUGAAGUGGCAGCUGAACCAGAUAGCCCAACGGUUGAUGGCGGAUACGUCAACGUUGAUGCUUCCAUGGCCGCUGAGGCAGAAGAAGCCACACACGCUGCUUCAACUGAAGAGCAAACCGCCACUGAUGUCGACACCGAGGCCGACGCCGAGGGCCGUACCCUGCCGCAGCCCCCUGCGUCCCUUCCAAAGGUCCGCGGUCGUCGUCAAGGCGUGCAGGUGCAAAAGUUUACCCGCCGCCCAAAUAAAGCCGUCACCACCGAACGGGUGCAGCGCACCACGACCAAGAAGGAGACGGCCGCCGAGUCCUUCAAGGCUGCGAAGGAGGCGCGCGCCAAUGCCCUCGCUCGUCUUGACAACCGUCACAAGUUUGUCCUCGGCCGUGUUGCGGACCUGGUUGGCUUGUCUGCCCAAGAAGCAGAGGAGCAUUUGCUGGAGGGCGGCGUCUCAGCCCUGAACAGCUUUGACGCCUUUUUCGAGGCUGACGGCAGCAAGCAGCUUGUUUUCUAUUAUCAAGACAUUGAGAGCCGCUCCAAGGGCGAGUCCAGCAAGCGCCUGGCGCUCGUCGACCCUCACACCACCAAGCUGACAAACAUGUGCGUGUAUGCCGUGCGUACGACCCCGCGUGCCAUCACCACCUCCAACAUGGCCAAUGAGAUCAACUUUGGUAGCUUCAGCGCCGCUGCCAACGAUGGCUCCCUCCUGUCCGGCCUUCGCGCCGUGGUAGCCGAUGUCCUUGAGCCCUACAUCCACCACAACGAGAAUUGGGGCAAACUCCACGAGGAUGAUUCACAGCGCGACGAGUUCUUUGACGCCCUGCAGCGCUUCACUGCCUCCCUCAGCGAGGCGGACACCGCCGUGCGCCAUCAAGUGCACCUCGCCCCAUACCAAGCCCCUGAAGGCGCCACCCCCCUACACCUCGAAUCAGUCAAGACGCCCGCGCAAAUGACGGCCCUUUCAGAGGACCAAAAGGCCGUGGAGCAACUCGAGGAUCUCCUUCAAAAGUGGUGCACCCAGCUCGCCCAUGCCAUUGCCGAAAGCGAGCAAAUGCGCCGCGAGGCCGAUGACGUUGGCCCGCGUGCCGAGCUUGAGCACUGGAAGUCUCAAAUGGCCAAGUUCAACGGCAUUCUGGACCAAAUCAAGGCACCCAGCUGCCAAAAGGUUAUUGCCAUCCUGGUGCAGGCCAAGUCCCGCGUGAUUCCCGAGUGGCGGCGUCUGGACGCCCGCAUUACCGAGUCCGCCAACGAGGCCAAAGACAACGUCAAGUACCUCUAUGCGCUGGAUCGUACCUGCGGCGCUUUGUACAAAAGCAAUCCCGUCACCAUGCUUGAGUCGGUGCCCAAUUUGAUGGGCGUCAUCGGCAUGAUCCAGUCCGUCUCCACGUACUACAACACCUCCGAGCGCGUGACCGCUCUUUGCGUCAAAAUCACCAACCAGAUGAUUACCGCUUGCAAGGAGUACGUCUAUGAGCACGAGUCGCGUCUCUGGAAACAGGACCCCAAGGCCUUGUGCGCGCGCCUUGCCGAUUGUCGGGCUCUCAACGCCCAUUAUCAGACGUGCUUUGCCAAGGAGAAGCAAAAGCUUGCUGCCAACCCCGAUCGACGACAGUUUGAGUUUUCCGAAAUGAGUGUCUUUGGCAAGUUUGACACCUUCUCCAAGCGCACGGAGAAGAUUGAAGAGGUCUUGAGGCUCAAGCAGACAUGGUCCGUCCUCGACGCAAGCAGAAUUGACGGCAUUGACACGCUGGCCGUCUCUGCUCGCGCGCUGUUCAAGAACUUUGAGAGCAAGCCCUAUGAUCCCCUCAACACGCGCAAGCGUGACUUUGACACGGAUCACGAGCAGCUCAAAAACGAUCUGGCCGACCUCUUGGCCCGUCUGCAGGACUUUUUGGACGACAAGUUCCUGACCAUUCCCAGCGUCAUGCGUGCCCUCGAUCUCUUGGCUCAAUUUGACCUCAUUAAGGGUGUGGGCCUUGUCCUCACGGAUAAGUACGAGGUGGUCCUGCGCCAGUUUGGCCGCGAGCUUGAAGAGGUGCGGAAGAUUUACCAGGCUGAGAAGGAAGAGCCUGCCAUUGGUCGCAACCUCCCGCCGCUGGGUGGCCGCAUCGUCUGGGCUCGUCAACUCUUUGGCCGUAUUGAAGGGCCCAUGACCGCCUUUCAGGAGGCUUGCCCCGACGUGCUAAAGUCCGCUGAGGCCAAGAAGAUCAUUAAGACCUACAACAAGUUGGGUCACGUUCUCAUGGAAUUUGAGAUGCUCUACCAUCGUGGGUGGUGGCGUGCCGUUGACGCCUGCCAGUCAGGCCUCAACGCCUCUCUCUUGGUGCGCCGCCCCCUCAGCAACCAGGAUGAGGUGGCAUUCAGCCUGCGCGAGACGGGAGAUCUUGUCGUCAACAUUGACCCCCAGAUCAUGCAGCUGAUUCGCGAAACGAAAAUCAUGCAAAAGCUCAAGCUCGAGAUUCCGGAGAGUGCCAAGCUCCUUUGCCUGCAGGAGGACCGCUUGCGCAAGCACGAAGUUGAGCUGCAGCAGCUCGUCCGUGAAUACACGGACGUGAUGGCGCAGAUUCCUGACAAGCUGGUCGUCAUCAUUCAGCCCAUUCGCGCUCUGGUCGAUGCGGUUAUCGAACCAGGCCUUACCAAGCUGAGCUGGAUGUCACCCAACCUGGAGACCUAUUUGCAGGCCUGCUAUACAGCCAUGGGCGAGUUUGAGAAGACGCUCAAGGCCAUUCAGGACCUGGUACAGGUCCGCAUCAAUGCUGUUCUUAAGGAUAUGCGCAACACCUCCUUGGCUGCCCUGCCCAGCGAUGAGCCCUGGCUGCCGGAGGAGCUUGUCCACAAGACUCACCGUCUUUGCCAGGCUGGUGCGGAGCACCUCGAGCUGCAAAGCUCUCUGGUUGAGCUCGCUGUUCGGGAACUCUUGGAUCUGCUCAACAAGCACAUCCCGGCGGCCAUUCGCGAUGGCGAUCACAUGAAGAUUGCUCUGCAAGAACUCUACGAGGGCUUUAUGCAAUCGUGCGUCGACUCUGUCGUCCGCUGUGUGCGCUACAACCUGGAUCAGCUGCGUCGCAAGCUGAGCAACCGCUCUGCUGAUCGUGACAAGCCCGCUUGCUUUUACGUCCACAUUGAGCUGGACAUUCCUAAGAUUGUGAUUCGGCCCGAACUUCCCGCCGUUCAGGAGGCUGUGAAGGAGGCUGCGGACCUCAUGGUCAACGUCGGCAAGAAGGUGGCAGCCUGGGGCCAGGAGCGUGACCAGGAGGGACUGGAGUCAAUCUACGCCCAGGUGGCGGAGCACAAGGAGGUGAUCAAGCACGUCCAGUCGCUCUCAACCAUUGUCAGCAGCACCAAGUCGGAGGUUGAUGGUUGCCUCGAGCCGCUGCACCGCUUUAGUGCGCUCUGGACCGAGGACAAGGCCGAGAAGACGGCUGCUUUCUUGGAAACCAAGCCAGAUCUGUAUGCCUUUGAGCAGGAGGUUCGGCGUUACGAGGACAUUGAACGCGAUGUUCUCGGUCUCCCUGGCGUCUUUGCCGCCGGGGCACUGCAGCUCAGGAGUGACAGCUUUCAGCACAGCCUCGUGGCCGAGACCAAGGCCUGGAAGCAGGCUUUUGGCAAGGGUCUCAACAGCAAGGCCCUUGACGACAUGAACGAGGUCUUUGCCUUCUGCGACGAGCUGCAAAAGCAGCUGUCCCGCCCCAUCAAGGAUCUCGAGGACGUGCGGGUCGCCAUGAACGGUCUCAAGGACCUUCGCGAGCAUCAAAUUCGUAUCGACAACAUGCUGGCCCCCAUUGAGCAGUCUUAUGGUAUUCUCAACAAGUACGAGGUGGUUGUUCCCCGGGCAGAGACUGAACGCCUGGACACGCUCAAUUUCGAGUGGCAAAAGGUGUUGGGUCUUUCCAAGCAAAUUCAAGACCACCUCAUCACUAUCCAGCCCCAGUUCAAGGAUGACCUCAUUGGUGCCGUGCAAAAGUUCCAGGUGGAUCAAAGCACUUUUGUGGAAGAGUACAACGUGGCUGGCCCCGGCGUUGAGGGCAUCACUCCUGAGGAGGCCAGCGAUCGUCUGGCCAUCUUCCAGAUGCGCUUUGACGAGUUGUGGCGACGCUUUGUCACUUACUCAGGAGGCGAGGAACUCUUUGGCCUGCAGCAAACCGACUACCCCGAGUUGCAGCGUAUCAAGAAGGAGCUUGGUCUGCUCAGCAAGCUCUAUUCCCUCUACAACGACGUCAUCAAGACGGUCAAUGGCUAUUAUGACAUCCUGUGGCGGGACGUUGACGUGGACAAGAUCAACGCCGAGCUCUUGGACUUUGGCAACCGCUGCCGCAAGUUGCCCAAGGCUCUCAAGGAGUGGCAGGCGUUUGAGGAUCUGCGCAAGACCAUUGAUGACUUUGCCGAGUCUUGCCCGCUGCUCGAGAGCAUGAGUAACCCGGCCAUGUUGCCGCGUCACUGGGCCCGCAUCACGGACCUCACGGGCGUGGAGUUUGACGUGGAUAACGAAAACUUUUUGCUGCGCAACAUCAUGGAGGCUGAUCUCUUGAAGACCAAGGAGGAUAUUGAGGAUAUCUGUAUCGCCGCCAUCAAGGAGCAGGACAUUGAGGCCAAACUGAAGCAGGUCAUCAACGAGUGGUCCUCGCGCGAGGUCACCUUCAACACCUUUAAGGCGCGCGGCGAGCUUCUCAUCAACGCGGCGGACAUUAGCGAGCUGAACACGCUCAUGGAAGAUUCGCUCAUGAUUCUCACUUCGCUCAACUCCAACCGCUACAAUGCGCCUUUCAAAACCGAUAUCCAAAAGUGGGUGUCCAACCUGUCGGAGACCACGGAUAUCGUGGAGAAGUGGCUUAUUGUUCAGAACCUGUGGGUGUACCUCGAAGCAGUCUUUGUGGGCGGUGAUAUUGCCAAGCAGCUUCCCAAGGAAGCCAAGCGCUUCAGCAACAUCGACAAGUCGUGGCAAAAGAUCAUGCAGCGUGCGCAUGAGAACCCCAACCUCGUGCAAUGCUGCACCAGCGACGAAACGAUGAGCACGAUGCUGCAGCACAUGCUUGAGCAGCUCGAGCUCUGCCAAAAGUCCCUUGUGGGCUACCUCGAGAAGAAGCGUCUUCUUUUCCCGCGCUUCUUCUUCGUCUCGGACACGGUCUUGCUGGAGAUUCUCGGUCAGGCCUCGGACUCACACACCAUCCAGGCUCAUCUGCUCAACGUGUUUGACAACAUCAAGACGGUCACCUUCAACGAGAAGUCGUACGAUCAAAUCUUGGCUUACUCUUCGCGUGAGGGUGAAUCGGUCGUCAUGCAAAACCCCGUCAUGGCCUCGGGCCCCGUCGAGCUCUGGCUGGGCUCGCUGCUCGCAGAGCAACGCAACUCGCUCAACGCCGUCAUUGCCGAUGCCUCAGUGCAGGCGCUCGACCCCAACUUCAAGCUCAUCGAGUUUGAAAAUAGCUACCCGGCUCAGGUUGGCAUCUUGGGUCUGCAGCUGCUGUGGACACGCGAUGCCGAAGUUGCUCUGGCCAACGCGCGCACCGAUAAGAAGAUCAUGAGCCAGAUGGACGAUAAGUUUGCCGAUCUCUUGAGCCAGCUCAUUGACGCCACCCUUCAGGAGCUUACCAAGGUGGAUCGCACCAAGUUUGAGACAUUGGUGACGCUGCACGUGCAUCAACGCGACAUCUUCCAUGACCUCGUACAGAUGCACAUCAAGAGUCCUCAGGACUUUGAGUGGACCAAGCAGGCACGCUUUUACUUCCUCGAAGAGGAGAAGCAUUUGGUAGUGCACAUUACUGAUGUUAUCUUCAAGUAUUGCCUCGAGUUCAUCGGUUGCGUGGAUCGCCUUUGCGUCACGCCUUUGACCGAUCGAUGCUACAUCACUCUGGCCCAGGCCCUCAACCUCAGCAUGGGCGGUGCCCCUGCUGGGCCCGCCGGAACGGGCAAGACUGAAACGGUCAAGGACAUGGGUCGUUGCCUUGGCAAAUUCGUCGUGGUUUUCAACUGCUCCGAUCAGAUGGACUUCCGCGGUCUGGGCCGCAUCUACAAGGGUCUGGCCCAGUCGGGUGCCUGGGGUUGCUUCGAUGAAUUCAACCGUAUUGAACUGCCUGUGCUCUCGGUUGCGGCCCAACAGAUUGCCAUCGUGCUGGGCGCCAAGAAGGAGCGCCGUCCCAACUUCAUCUUCAUGGAUGGCGAUGAUGUCACCCUUGACCCCGAGUUUGGCCUGUUCUUGACCAUGAACCCAGGCUACGCCGGCCGCCAAGAGCUGCCGGAGAACCUCAAGAUUCAGUUCCGCUCGGUUGCCAUGAUGAAGCCAGAUCGCCAAAUUAUCAUUCGCGUUAAGCUGGCCAGUUGUGGUUUCCAGAACAACGUCGUGCUGGCGCGAAAGUUUUACACCCUCUACUACCUGUGCGAGCAGCAGCUGUCGCAGCAG